AUGUUUGAGAAAAUUCAAUUGCAUUACAACUUAGGGCUAUCGGCGGAGCGGGAACGAGAACGGAGAGUGGCGGAUCAUCAUCAGACUGACGCUGAGAUCCAACAAACGGUGUCCACAACGAAAAAUGGUGCUUAUUAUGAGCAUCUACACAAUAACAAUACUUACAAAUUAUCAGAGGCCCUCCGAGACAAGCCAUUCUUAGCGCUCAACGCGACAACCAAGUCCGCCAUCUUAGCUUUCCUGUGCAACGAACUGCUGCAGAACAAGUCAGUGCUGCGACAGAUAGAUGGCGCUCUCGAUCAUCUCAAUCAGUUGAAGAAGGAGCGGUACCUUAUGGAUAUGAAAAUACGGAAAGUACGAGUCCUCCACCAACGCAAGCAGAGAGCAGAACAAGCUGAAAAGCAACAGCUACUUGCUUUGGAAAGAAUGCAGCGGUUGGUAGAAGAAAGUACUGCCAAUCUUAGUCGCGCCUCGCCACAGUCACAUGAAGAUGAGCAUGCUACCCCCGAAAAGGAUCGCAAAGAAGACGACAAGGAAUCCACCCCUGACAUCCCCCCCUCCCCCUACAAGGAGGAAAGCGACCUCUCCCCUCUCAAGGAUAAGAAGGAACUCAUGAACAAUAAUAAGGAAGAGUGUUCGCCGCAGGACAAUAAAGUUGAUAAGGACAGCGUCAUGGGGGAUUGCGACGCGAUACUUAGCGAUUUGGAGAGCGAGGGAACUCAGCCUGAAGAGGACGAAGAUAAGAACCUAUCUGCAGAAGAGUUGUCCCGAAAACUGGAGAAACUGCUGCGACAGUCUGAACAGCAGCUUCAACAACUGGCAGCCGGCUCUCACGCUCUGAGAUGUGGCGGCGUUUUUGUGGAAGCCAUGGAGUCUGCGCAGCCCGAGAUCAUGGACUAUCAUUUCGUGCUCGAAGAAAGAGCGCUGAGGCCCGCCACUACAGUUCCAAGAAGAGUAAUAAAAGAAGGCAAGGAAAUCCAAGCGGCCGUGCCGGACCUAGCGACCGAAGCGCUCAAAAAGAAGAAGCUCUAA